CCAAUAUAACACAAACUGCUUUCAAAUUGUUUGACAUUUGUGUGUAUAUUCAUUAUUUAUCGUGUUGCAGAAAGUGAGGUUGUGUAUGAAUUUUCGAUAUUUACAACAUUUAAAACUAUUUUAAAAUGGAAAACGAGCAUACAAAUGAAUCAAAAGAGACAAUUUCAUAUUCUCCUAUAAUAGUAGCCCUAAUAACGUUGUUAAUAACUAUUGUUUUAUUCUUCAUUUACAAAGCCAAACAAUCAUCUAAAAGGACUGUUUUAAUAACAGGCUUAUGCAAUUCAGGUAAAACUCUAUUAUUUACAAGGUUGGUUCAUCAGAAAUUUGUGGAUACCUAUACAUCCAUGAAAGAGAACACCGGUAAUUAUUUAAUCAAUAAUUUAUCCUUACGUAUUGUUGAUAUUCCUGGACAUGAGAGGGUUAGAGACAAAUUUUUUGAAAAAUACAAGAAAGAAGCUAGAGCUUUGGUUUAUGUAGUCGAUUCAAGUCUGAUUGAAAAGGAAGUUCGUGACGUUGCUGAAUAUUUGUACAACAUUUUAUUGGAACUUGGGGCAAUGAAUAAUAAAGUGAAAGUAUUGAUUUUGUGCAAUAAACAAGACGUAGCGUCAUCAAAGAAUAGUAUGGCUGUCAAAUGUAUAUUAGAAAAAGAAUUGACUACUUUACAACGCACUAAAUCAAGUCAAUUAGAUUCUGUUGAUCCAAAAGUAAAAAAAGGUGACAGUUUCUUAUCAGAAGGAGAAGAUUUUCACUUUUCUUUAUUAUCACCUAUUCAAAUAGAAUUUGCGAAUGGUUUUGCUACCAAUGAAACUAAAGAUUCUAUAAAUGUUGAUGAAUUGGAAAAGUGGUUGGUCAAAGUAGCUUAAAGUUUUCCAUUUUUUUUUUUGUAUGAAAUGAAUUUUUUAAAUAAUUA